AAGUCACCUACAGCCGUCAAUCCAGAUGAGUCUCGCCGAUUAAGGUACGUGAUCUAAGUGCGUCUAUGUAAUAACGAGGCGGUGGCCAAACGCGAAGCCUCCGCAGUCGUCCAAGAGAGAGAGGGAGUGGGAUGGAGGCUCUGAGGGCCACGUACGGCACCGACUCGGAGUCGGAUGAUGAGUCGUCUCCUCCAAGAAGCAGCAGCUAUGCAGAUUCCCGCCAAGUUUCGAACCCGAGGGGAUCGGAGGGAUUGCCGCCGCCGCCGCCUCUCGAUCUCCUCCAACCCCCAAAUUUUCUAGAUGUUUCAUCUACUAAUAAAGGAAGCCGCAUUAGAAGCUUCCCGCAUGUUGAAGGAAACUAUGCUCUGCAUGUCUAUGUUCCAGUUUCUAUACCAUCUACAACAAGAAAGCAACUAGCAUAUUUUGUGAAAAUAAUAGCAUCUCAUGUUCCUGGCCUCUAUGCUGUUGAUAUUGACUGUGCACUUAGUGAAUUUUGCAAAGAUGAUCAGAAGCUUGAACAAAUACUCUUUGGAAGAGAAUUUCACAUUAGCUUGGGAAGAACUGUUCCAAUUCAAGUACAUCAGAUUGACUCCAUUGUGGCAAUGCUCCGUCAGAAUUUCAAAUCUCAGAGACGAUAUUGGAUAGAGUUCAAUAAAUGGGAGGUUUUUGUUAAUGAUGACCGGACACGUACCUUUCUUUCACUGGAAGUCAUAGCACGAGGUCUACCAGAGAUAACUAAGCAGAUUCACAUCAUUGAUGAUAUAUAUAGACUGCAUGGCCUUCCUGAAUUUUAUAAGAAUCCACGGCCCCAUAUAUCAUUGGUGUGGGCAUUAGGUAAUAUCAGCUACAAGCUAAAGCAGGCAGUUGAAGAGUUUGAUAGAUCCCACGGCAAUUCAAAUUCCUUGCAGAAACAUAUCUUUAUGUGCGAAUUUGGCGGCAUUGAAUGUAGAAUUGGUAAAAAGACAUAUAACAUUUGUAAGUUUUCAGAUUAAAAGGUCACUUCCCAUGUACAGCAUUUAAUCAGCUUUAUAUGGCCCACAAAUUAUUGUCGAAAUUUAAGAUACUGACCAUGUGCAGAAUGAGUUACAAUAUAAAUCAUCUGUUUUAUGAGAUGUAUUUAACAGCCAAUAAAUCCUUGCCACUUUGAAAGCGAUUCUGCUUAUUUAAGUUUAUUUAUUCUAUUAAUUCAGGUA